AUGCCCGCGCUUCGUAGAACCGCACGGCGGGGCUCUGUCCUCGAGCUCAUCUCCGAUCAACACGUAGGCCAGCCUAUCUGGCGUGUCCAACCUGCCCAUGUGCCAUCUCUCAACCAGGCCGAGAGUCACAAGCACACUAAGCUCCAAAGUUACUGGAGAACGCAACCUGCCACGAUCGAACAAGAGACUCGAGGUAUCCGGUUGACCAAUAGUGGCACGAGCGCACGAAUCUUUGUUCUGAACAACAGCGAGCAUGCCUACUACGUCCCCGGCAAGACCUCGUCGCUUGUCGAUCAUGUCGGAGUGAGCAACCUCGACGUGGACCGUGCCACGAUUCACAAGGUUCCAGCAAGCACCGAAGUCAAAACCUCAGCGUACGACGAGGGCCGCCUCGGCACGUCUCUUGACUGA